GUAAUCUGGAGGAAAGCAUCAGACCCGAAUCCCUUGACAGUUGGGCGAGAGUCCUUCCACAACAACGACCGAUUCCAGGUAGAGCAUGAGACUGGAGAGGGCACCUGGAAUCUGGUAAUCCAUCAGGCACGGUUGAGUGAUGCCGGCGUUUAUGAGUGCCAGGUUAGCUCCAAACUAAGGCAUCUGAGGCAGCAUGUACUUCUCACUGUCAAAGAGAAAGAAACAAAUACAACUCCGAUGCCAAGACCAGAUAUCAAGAUAGCAGGUACAUCGUUCGUGGAGAAAGAUGACCAGAUACACUUGAUCUGUAACGCCACUGGUCUAGAGCACCCGCCUGACUACCUGGACUGGUUCCUGAAUGGGAACAAACUGUCCAUGAAGAACAAUAACAAGAUAUCUAUCAGGGAGUUCGUGUCUAUUACUUCAAGAACUAUCGUCAGUAUUCUGGAGAUUAACGACGCCCAGUUGUCGGACAGCGGCAUGUAUGUCUGCCGCACGUCCAACCUGCAGAUAGAGAGUAUGCGUGUGACAGUGCUCAAUG